AGCUAGCAAUAUGGCUAGGUUAAGCAUUCAGUACCUUCAGUAUGUUUUCUUACGCUCUAUUUUCUAACAUCUCAAUAUUCGUGAUAUGAUAUUGAAUUGAUUCGAAGUGCUGAUAUUAAAUAAAUUGCGGUCUUGUGCUAGCUUGUUAGACAAGUUAACUCAGCUGACUCAUUUACUGCUCUUGCAGAGUCACAUAAUGGCUGAAGAAACUUUGGGUGGUAAAACUGAGGACUCAGAGGAAGAGACAUAUUGUUCUGGGGACCAAACAGAUGCGAAGCCUGAUCGUAAAGCAAGAUUUCUGCUCUUUGGAAGCAGGAAAAACAAGGAUGAAAAGUUGCGGGAACAGGAUUCUGAGCAGCGCUACAGGAUCAUUUCUCCAGAGUGUCAAUAUAAGAUGAACUAUCAGCGAGUAGGAAAAUGUAUCAUCAUUAACAAUAAGAACUUUCAUCAAGAAACAGGGAUGAAUGUACGCAAUGGCACAGAUCGAGAUGCAGGAGAACUGCUCAAAUGCUUUAAAAACCUAGGUUUUGACGUUGUCAUCUACAACGACCAGACCUGUGAAAAAAUGCAGGGGAUACUGAAAAAUGUGUCAGAAGAAGAUCACACCGACAGCUCCUGCUUUGCCUGCAUCUUGCUAAGCCAUGGAGAGGAGGGCAUGAUAUAUGGAACGGACAGGGCCAUGCCCAUCAAGGACAUAACCUCCCUUUUCAGAGGAGAUAUGUGCAAGAGCCUUGUGGGCAAACCAAAGCUUUUCUUCAUCCAGGCCUGUCGAGGUUCAGAGUUUGAUGACGGUAUACAGACUGACUCAGGAACACCUCAUGACACUGUAGAAACAGAUGCGAGCCCCAGACACAAAAUCCCAGUGGAGGCAGACUUCUUAUUUGCAUACUCCACUGUUCCAGGUUACUACUCAUGGAGGAAUCCAGGCCAGGGUUCUUGGUUUGUCCAAGCUCUUUGUAACGUCCUCAAUGAGUCCGGCAAGCAACUGGAAAUCUUGCAGAUCCUCACACGUGUCAACUACAUGGUGGCAACCAACUUUGUGUCCUGGUCUGAAGAUCCACGCUUCAGUGAGAAGAAGCAGAUUCCUUGUGUUGUCUCUAUGCUGACCAAAGAGCUUUAUUUUAACUGAUAACCAUAUAUGACCUCAGAGAUUCUUUAUGGUCUUUGAUUUCCUUUUAUUUUACACUUUUUUUCCCUUCAGUUUUAUGUAUGUUGACAGCCCACAUUUUCACAUCACAGUCAAAGCUGGCGUGUAAUGACUGACUAACUGACAGGAUGUGACCAAAUGGUCUCAAUAUUCAGGGAUGAUCCAGACACAGCUACAAUUAGUGUUGUUUGUGAGGGAAAGCAGAUUAUUUCUGACUUUAUUCUGGACAUGUAAUAGAUAGUUAGUGCUGUUAGUGCUGAUUAUUUAUCUCUUCUAUUUAUUCCAUGGAACAUUAAUAUCACUGUUCUUUGUCCACUGGCCGUUUGAAAUAUUCAUGUUAGCAUUUAUGGCAUUUUAGGGAAGAACCUGUAGCCUAUAGAAGCGUUAAAAAUGUUUGGGUUUUUUUUUGUAAUGUCACUGUUUACGUUUUCUGCUUUUAUUCUGUUUUAUAUAGAGACAGAUAUGGUCACAACCCAAAGGCACCUCUUGUAGUGAAGAACUUGUAGAAAUAACUGAAUUUUAUCCAUUAUAAUUACCACUGUGAAAACACAUAUAACUGGCUGGUGAAUCAGGGGAAUGCAGUGGUUAAUGGUUGGAGCUGGAUCAAUAAAUUGUUGUGUAUAAUUA